AAAUAUCUCAUGCCUUUUACACAAGCUCACGGCUGCUCCCGGUUAGGGUGCUUGCAGGUGUUUGCAGGUGCUUACGCGUAGGGAUUACUGUCCAUACGCAGUCGGCAUCUAGCAGUUGCAAACAAGCCCUUAAACCUUUUCUAUGCACACAUAGUGUAGUCGAUGCCGAAAACAUUCAUUUUUGGACAAUGUCCUACAUUCAAGAAAGCUUUCGGACAAUAAACGUUCAUAGAUAAUAAUUAAUAUAUGGAUAUUGUAAUUGUUAAAUUAUCUUAAUAUAUGUGUCUACCUCUCGUACCAAAAAUAAGUAAAGUACACAGUCAGUAUUAUAUCUUAAGUUCAACGAUUUGUCUUCCGUGAGUCAAAAUGGUUUCCCAAAUAUUUGAUGAAUCUCCAAAAGAAAUGCAGUUAUUAAAUUCAGACAAUGAAUCACAGAGCCAAAGGCAAAGGGAUAGUGUUGAGAAAGUACAAAUGAAAAAACAACUUGGCCUUUUAGAAGGUGUUGCAAUUAUUGUAGGAAUUAUAUGUGGUUCAGGUAUUUUUAUUUCUCCAAAAGGUGUCAUUGUAGAAAUAGGAAGUGUUGGAGCAUCUUUAAUUAUUUGGGUACUAUGUGGGGUUUUAUCUAUGAUUGGAGCAUUAUGUUAUGCCGAAUUAGGAACUUGUAUACCUCGUAGUGGUGGUGAUUAUGUUUAUAUCUGUGAAUCUUUUGGAGCACUACCUUCUUUUUUAUAUUUAUGGGCUGCUAAUUUAAUUGUUGUACCAACUACUAAUGCUAUUAUGGGAUUAACAUUUGCACAAUAUGUUUUACAACCAUUCUUUCCAAAUUGUGAUAUUCCAGACUAUAGUGUACGAUCAAUAGCAGCUCUCACUAUUUAAAUUGCAGUAGCUAUCUAUUCAGGUAUAUUUUCAUAUUCUGGGUGGAAUUAUCUAAAUUUCAUGACAGAAGAAUUAAAAGAUCCUUAUAUAAAUUUACCACGAGCUAUCUACAUAUCAUUACCUUUAGUUACUUCCAUAUAUGUAUUGGCAAAUGUUGCAUAUUUAUCAGUUUUAACAUCAACUGCUAUGAUUGCUUCUCAUGCAAUAGCUGUGACGUUUGGAGAUCAACUACUUGGUGCAAUGGCCUGGAUAAUACCAGUAAUGGUAGCUAUAUCUGCAUUUGGAGGAUUGAGUGUUCAUAUUAUGACAUCAUCUCGAUUAUGUUUUGUUGGUGCUAGAAAUGGUCAUCUUCCCUCAAUGUUAGGUCACAUUAAUGUUUCAAGAUUUACACCUACACCUGCAUUAUUAUUUCUUUGCAUCUUAUCUUUAAUAAUGCUUUGUACAAGUGAUAUUUCGGUAUUAAUCACAUACUGCAGUAUAGUUGAAACAUUCUUUAUCAUGCUGUCAGUAGCUGGUGUUUUAUGGCUUCGUUAUAAAGAUCCCAACAUGAAUCGACCAAUUAAGAUGCCUCUAUGGAUUCCUAUCACAUUUGUGGCUAUAUGUGCGUUUUUAGUGAUUGUUCCCUGUUACGAAAGACCAUAUGAAGUUGGCAUAGGUACCUUAAUAACUUUAUCUGGUAUUCCAGCAUAUUUUGCUGGUGUUAAAUGGAGAAAUAAGCCAGUAUGGUUUCAGAAAAUUAAUUACAAAGUUACUUAUACUAUACAGAAGCUGUUCAUGUCUGCUAUUGAGGAACGAGACAUCUAACUUCAGAUAUCAGAAAUUUAAAAAA